AUGGAGCUGGACACAGUGUUCGUCACGCUUCUGCUCGCAGAUCAGUUCAUACUCAUCAAGCAGAAUCUGAGCUGGAGUGAAGCCAUGACGUACUGCAGACAGAACCACGUGGACCUGGUGUCGGUGCCCAGCCCUCAGAUCGAGCAGCGGGUGAUGAACGUGGCGAGAAGAGCCUCGACGGCAGCCGUGUGGAUGGGUUUGCAUCACUACUGCAGCAUGAACAUGUGGCUGUGGCUGUGUGGCGAGGUGGUCUGUUAUCAGAACUGGGCCGCGGGGAGCGGCACCAGAGCGCACGACUGCCGCGAGCAAAGAGCCGGAGCUAUUCAGUCGGCUGGAGAUCAGCGCUGGGUCAGCCUUCCUACGACCAUCAGGCUCAACUUCAUCUGCACCAACUCUGAGCCUUGA